AUGAUUGAAGAAUUCAAAAAUGACAUGAUGAGGCAUUAUGAGAUGACUGAUCUCGGGCUGCUCUAUCAUUUUCUUGGCAUGGGAGUUGUACAGACUGAGAAAUACAUAUUUCUCCAUCAGAAGAAGUAUGCAAUGAAAGUGAUUGAGAAGUUUGGUUUAAAAGGAUGUAAGUCUGUGGCAACCCCCUUGGUUGCAAAUGAAAGGCUGUGCAAAGAAGAUGGAAGUGAUAUGGCAGAUGAGAGUGAAUAUAGGCAGAUUGUAGGCAGUCUGCUAUAUCUGACAGCUACUAGACCAGACAUAAUGUUUGCCUCUAGUUUGCUUGCCAGAAUCAUGCACAAUCCCACUAAGAAACACAUAGGAACAGCCAAAAGGGUGUUGAGAUAUGUUGAAGACACACUGGAUUAUGGAGUUGAGUUUAAAAAGGGCAAGGCAGCUACCUUAAUAGGCUACUGUGACAGUGACUGGGCAGGCAGUGAGGAUGACAGAAGAAGUACCUCAGGAUAUGUGUUUACUUUGGGAUCUGGCAUGUUUUCAUGGGCCUCAAUCAAACAGAAUACAGUAGCUCUGUCUACAGCUGAAGCAGAAUAUGUGAGUGCUGCUGAAGCAACAUCACAAGCUAAAUGA